AUGGUGAACCCUGAAGACGUGGCGGUCGCGCUUGAGAUGGAGGACUUCCUUUUCCGCCCGGUCGACCAGGUCGCCCACAUGCAGAACAUGCUCGACGUGGUGAUGUCGUGGUCGGGUAGCAUCGACGAACAGGAGGUCAAGACUACCAUCGAGAGUGGUGGGCCACAGGCAAUGGCGGGCUUGCCGGACGUGCUGAAGAUUCCUCAGGGAGCGCCUGCGAGUGUGAAGGCGCAGUUCGUCGUCCAGCGAGCCGGUAUGGGGCGGUACAACGUGCUGCGCCAUUUCAUCUUCAAGCACGGUAGCAACCUGAAGCGUGCAGAUGCGCACCUGUACACCAUGGGCCAGUCGGCGACGUUCCCUGCGGCCGAGGAAAACAACACGUGGGGCCAGCGGAAGAACUUCAACGCGAUGCUCGACCGCCUGCCUGGAUUCCACGUUCGCCAUUUCAGUGUGGCCCGCAAGGAGCAUCCGAAAGAUCAGCAAGGGAAGGGGUGGGACCCGACGCCAGAAGAGAUCCGCGACGGCUUCGCAUACAUCCGCGAGCACUACCAUGAGAUUGCCGGCUCGAGUGCGAUCGAAGCUCAGGAGUGGGUGCUGCUGCAGACUAAGGUCCGGUCAAGCGCCUGCUAUGGGUGGCCGACUAGCCAGGUCGAGAAGGCGUUGGUGAACAUGGACAAGGCAUUUGCCUCGGCCGAUGUAGACACUUUCUUCCCGCUGACGUCGCACGACCUGCACCCUGUCAUCCAGGAUAUGCUGCUGCCAUUGAUCUAUGCCUUCGCCCCGCUCUCUGGCGCCAUGGUCCUUGGUGCUCCCGGAGUGGGGAAGACUCCCCUGUGCCAGAUCGCAGCCAUGGCCUGGGGUCGAUACGUGACGCGGAGCAAGGGCAUCGACAGAAAGCCUGGCUACCGACGCGGGAAACAGAUGGAUGUGUUCCGUGACAAAGCGACUCCUGUCUAUGAGGGUAUACUGCUCGACGAUCCGUCUCUGGACCGCAUCGAUGUGGAGGACCUGAAGGCCUUCGGCACCAUCCACACAGCGGGCCAUUCUGACGCGAGAUGCACCUUUCCAAAAUGGGCAAAGGGACAGUUUCACGCGCUUCUCAGCAAUAGUUGGACUGAAGAUGCCGAGCCGCCGCCCUCGGCUGGAUUCUUCGUCGACCCGCAGCUCUUCAUGAAGAUGCUCGAGAAGCCUUUCGGCUACCUCAGCCAAUCGCACAGGCUCGCCCUCACCAAGCGGUACGUUCUGAUCGUCGUCGGCCGGCACGGUCUGUAUGUGCGGGCGCCCAGCUCCGACGACGCUGCCCAAAUCUUUAAGUUCACCCAGGGCGACGUCGCGUCCGACUUCUUGCUGCCUGGCAACAAGGGCGCCCUGGCCGGGUUCUACCAGGGCAUGGACCACGAGGACUGCGUGCACCCAGACUAUGCGCUGCACGUCGGAAAUGAAUACAGUCUCGUAUGCGAGGUGCAGGAGGCGGUGCGGCAGAAGACCUCAGAGGAAAUCGCCUCGUGGUGGGCGAAUCGCACGGCCGACCUUCUAUCAUCAGCCAGCGCCGCGCAAGCCGCACCUUCGACGCACCGCGUUCCCGCAACUGCCGGCGCGCCGGCGUCCGACUCCGGCGGCGUGCGCGCGCGGGCGGAUGCUGACGGCCAGUACCGCUUCCGCCUGCCGGCCGCGGGGUCGCUGGCGCCGACAGGUAUGUCGCGCCGCGCGUUCCGAUACCCUCUCCCCACGAAGCGCGAGCGCGUGGAGGAGUUGGAUCCGGCCGACGCACCUGAUGGCUCGAGACCGAAGAGGGAUCCCGGCAGCGCCGCUGCGGGGCAUGCAUCGGACAGCGCCAGCGUCGCCAGGUCCGCGUCGGGCGCGGCGGCCGCGAGACCGAAGAGAGAGCCAGGCAGUCCCGCUGCGGCGCCCGCCGCAGCCAGCGCCAGCGGCGCCGUGAUCGACGUUCUCUCAAGCGGGGACGAGAGCGAGGCCCAGGGCGAGCCGCCCGCCCGCCUCCCGCGGGGGGCCCGCCUGUACGACAGACCACUCGGCUCCGCCCUGUCGAUGCAGGUCCGCCCCGAGAAUGUGCUGCAAUGCCCAGACUGCUGCCUCCUGGAUGCCCUCAACGCCAUUGGCGUUCCCGUGCCCUACGAUCGCCCGGGCCCCUACACUCUGGGCGAGGCAGAAGCUAUCAUCAGCAUCUUCGGUUUGUCGUUUCUCCGCUCGCGACCGCGGUCGGCCAAGGGCUCCCAGACCGGGCGCUACGUCAUCGUUUACGAUGCCGCGCCCGAGCACCCAGGGCACGCCGUCGGCUGCAUUGUUGAGAAAGGCCGCGCGCAUUUCAUCGACGGCCUGCGAGAGCAGAUCAGCGUGGGCCAUUCCGCCUGGCACCUGCUGCCCGACGGCACGCCUUCGGAGAGUUGUGAGUGA